AUGGCGAUGGCAGCCUUCUCAACGAUCCUCCAUCCUUUUUCGAGCACUUCUUUCGCCUCGCCAUUCGGUCGCAAAAACAAGCCAUUGAUGGUGCAGUGCUGCCUGGGGGGAAAACAUGAUCGGAAGCUGAAAGAGGCAAAGCAUCUGUUCGCGAGGAGGCCAUCGGUGGCGAGAGAUGAUCGAGUGUUGAUGUCAUGUCCCGUCGAGACCUUGGUACUGAUCGAUGCGGUGCAGCGGCUGGGGAUCGACUACCACUUCCAGGAAACCAUUGAAGCCGUUCUUCAUGAUGAGUUCUGUGCCACGGCGGCCGCCGACCGGCGGCGAGAAGAUGGGCUUUUCGAGGUUUCCUUGAUGUUUCGCUUGUUAAGGCAGCAAGGUCAUCACAUCUCUUCAGAUGUGUUUAACAAAUUCAAGAAUCAAGAGGGGAAGUUCCAGCCCAGGCUAUUAGGUCAUCAAAACGUGCAAGCACUAAUUCAACUGUACGAAGCUUCCCAGUGGAUGGCACCUGGGGAAGAUAUACUGCAUGAAGCUGGGGAAUUCAGUGCCCAUCGGCUACGUUCAUGGAUAAGCCCCAACCUGUCGCAAUAUUAUUCCGUCGUUAAUGAUAUCAUGGGACUAUUGGCGACAGAAGAAGCCGUCGCCAAUGCGCUGAAACAUCCUUACCACAGGAGCAUACCAAGGCUGGUGAUUAAAGACUACCUGAGCAGCUUUGGGGGAACGAUUACAAGCAAGAAGCAGAGUCGCUAUGUGGAGACUCUCAAGGAUCUGGCGAAGUUGGAUCUCAAAAUGAACCAGGCGGUGCAUCAGAAAGAACUUGACCAGCUUUCCAGGUGGUGGGAUGAGGUUGGUUUGGGGACGAGUGUUGGGCGAGAUCAACUGUUGGCUAAAGCUAGCGCAUGGCCUAUGGCAACCCUCAGGGGCUCCAAACUCGCGGAGUACAGGGUGGAGCUCGCCAAAAUAAUUUCCAUUGUGUACCUAAUCAACGACAUCUUCGACAUGUACGGUUCGCUUGACGACCUCGCACUCUUCACAGAAGCGAUAACCAGAUGGUUGAGAACAGGAGAGUGCCCAAAAUCAGAUGAAUACUUGAGGACUGGAAUGGUGACUUCUGGAGCCCCGUUGAUGCUGGUUCACUUCUUCUACAUGUUGGGCACGGGCCUAACAGAAGAAAACGUGCGCCUAGUGGAUAGCGACGAACCGCCAUUGAUAUCACCCGUCGCCAAAAUUAUGCGCCUCUCCGACGACCUUUCAUCCAUGUACGAGGAAGACGUUGGAUACGACGGCUCGUACGUGGACUGCUACUUGAAGGAGAAUCCUGGUUUGUCGGUGCAUGAAGCUAGGAAGCACGUGGUGGACAUGAUUGAGGACACGUGGAAGCAACUGAACUAUGAGUAUCUGUCUCCUGCGAUACCUUUCCCCACGGGUUUCAUGAAGGUCGUCGUAGAUUCUGCCAAAAUGGUUCCUUUGAUGUAUGAAAUUGGAUUUGAAGGUGAUGAUCAGGAAUCUAAUGUCAAUAGUCUUCCAAGUCUCCAGGAGUAG